CUGUGGAGCACCACAACUCACCUUCCCCUUCAUUGGAUCUGGAGACGUUGUUGUGCUCUCUUCACGUUUUGGGAUGGAGCCCUUGGGGACGUCAACGGUUCUGCUGGUCAUCUGCCUCUCCUGCCUUCUCCUUUCUGCCAUCUGGAAGAGCCAGGCCAACAAGAGGGGGAAAAUGCCCCCUGGACCACCCCCAUUGCCCCUCAUUGGGAAUGCUCUGCAACUCAAGACCAACCACCUGGACCUGACUCUUAGCAAGCUCAGUGAGAAGUAUGGCCCUGUCUUCUCCUUGCAUUUUGGAAUGAAGCCUGUUGUGGUGCUCCAUGGCUACGAUGCCGUCAAAGAAGCCCUGAUUGAUCAGGCCGAGGAGUUUGCUCCCCGAGGGAAGAUGCCAUUCGUAGAUAAAUACUUUCAAGGCAAAGGGAUCAUAUUCAGCAAUGGAGAGAGAUGGAAGCAGCUCCGUCGCUUUGCCCUGACCACCCUCCGCAACUUUGGGAUGGGGAAGAAGAGCAUCGAGGAGAGGAUCCGAGAAGAAGCCCAGUAUCUCCUGGAACAGCUGCAGGCCACAAAAGAGCAACCAUUUGACCCCACUUUCCUGCUCAACUGCGCUACUUCCAACAUCAUCUGCUCCAUUGUCUUUGGAAAGCACUACGACUAUGACGACAAGAAGUUCCUCGCCAUCAUGGCCGUAAUGAAUGACAACUUUGAGGUCCUUAGCUCCCCUUGGGGCCAGGUGGCCAACAUUUUCCCUUCCUUCAUGGACUUGAUCCCGGGGCCUCAUCACAGAGUAGGGACAAACUUGGCAAAAGCCAGAGCGUUUGUUGUGGAGGAAGUGGAGGCCCACAAGGAGUCCCUGGACCCCAGCUCCCCUCGGGAUUUCAUUGACUGCUUCUUUCUCAAACUGGACCAGGAAAAGAACAACGAGGCAUCUGAGUUCACCACUGAGAACCUGCUAAUGUCCACCAUUGACUUAUUUGGGGCAGGGACUGAAACGACCAGCACCACCCUCAGAUACGGGCUCCUGAUCCUCCAGAAGUACCCAGAGAUAGAAGAGAAAGUGCGAGAGGAGAUUGACCGGGUGGUUGGUCGCUCGCGGUUUCCUUGCAUGUCUGACCGUGGUGAGAUGCCCUACACGGACGCUGUCAUCCAUGAGAUCCAGAGGUUCAUCUCUCUCGUCCCGAUGAGUCUUCCCCAUUCAGUGGCCAAAGACACGUUGUUCCAUGGAUACACCAUCCCCAAGGACACCACAGUGCUUCCUGUGUUGACCUCAGUGCUUCAUGAUGGCAAGGAGUUCCCCAACCCCACAGAGUUUGACCCACAGCAUUUCCUGAACAAGGAUGGGAGCUUCAGGAAGAGUGACUACUUCAUGCCCUUUUCUACAGGGAAGCGCAUCUGCGCAGGGGAAGGCCUGGCCCGCAUGGAGCUCUUCUUGUUCUUGACCUCCAUCCUCCAGAACUUCAAGCUGAAGCCCCUCACCCACCCCCAGGACAUCGACAUCAAGCCCCACCUGAGUAGCUUGGGAAACAUUCCCCGGUCCUAUCGUCUCUGCGUUGUGCCCCGAUGAGCGCGUUGUACCCAUUUAAGGUGGAAUCAGGUGUCAAACAGGGAUUAUGUGUUAUUGCCCCAACCUUGUUUUCCAUCUUCAUCGCUAUGAUACUUCAUCUUGUUGACGGAAAGCUUCCCACUGGAGUGGAAAUCAUCUAUCAGACAGAUGUCAAGCUGUUUAACCUCAGCAGACUGAAAGCCAAAACCAUGGUUACAACAACAUCUGUUAUAGAACUCCAAUAUGCUAAUGACAAUGUCGUCUGUGCGUGUAAUAAGAAAUUCAAUGUACAAAUUUGACAAAUAUGAAUUUAAUAAUUAUGUGUGGGAAUGAAUGGAAGAAUGCAAGGAUGUAUGAAUGGAAUUAAUAAUUUUGGAAACACCAGUAUAAUAUUAAUGCCUGCAAUGACAAACUACCUGCUUACUGGACUUGCUAAUGAGAAACCCUGAUAAGAACGGGAGAGUGAUAAAGGAAAUAUUUGCAACAUUCCUUAUCUUAAGAAGGAAGUCAACACAAGAUCAACACCAAUCAAGAAGAUAAACAUCUGGCUAGGAAACUGAGAUGGAUCCAGGAUGGAAGAUGUCUGUCAUUAAUUUACAACUUUGGGACGACAUCAGCAGAAUAUUCCUAUAAAAGACUCAGUCUAAUAAUGCUCAAAGUGUGGCAGACCUGAGGAGUCUGUUCCACCCACCAUGCUCUGCUCCAUGGGAAGGAGAGAGAUAGUGGACGUAUGGAGAGUGGCAGAUCUUCAAGGGGGCAGUCUGGACACUUUGGGGCUUCUUUCUCAAGGGAAGAGGAAGAAGUGCGCUUUUGGAGUCUUGGAUUUUGUGCAGGGAGUCAGGUUCUGCUGUGUGGAAAACAGAGAUCUGGUCCUUGGCAUUGUGUUUAGGGAAAGAAGUUUUGGCAUUUCAGCGUUUUGAAGUUUUGGCAUUAUGGAAGUUAUGGAACUAUACGUUGGCAGGCUGCAGGAAAGCAGGGUCUGGCCUAAGAGGGGCUUCUCCAAGGAGGGAGAAAAGGAUAUGGUAAUAUUUGGAUGCAUGUGGA